UCAGCUCAAACGGUCGAAUUUUAUACCCUCAUUGCGCGGGUCUGUCAAAAAAUACUGCUACGGCUGCAUAGCUCGUGUUUUGCAAAUGAUCGGAAGAGUAAUUCUAUUACUUUUGACCUAAUUAUUGCGCAGAAAAUUAUCCUUCGCGGGAGAGACGGCAUGUCUAACGCCUUCCCCAGAUAUCCACAGGCCAUCAACAUGGACACUUCCAGACAGAGGGUUGAAGCCAUGUCAGGACGAGACGGCAAAUCUCAUAAGAAGAAGGCAUCCUCCUCCCAUCUCGGCACACAUUGCACCGAAGAAGGAGAACGGAAGGCAAAAUUUCACCUACCGUUUAGACAUCUCACUGAUGAUAUGCUGGACAGAUUUGCAAGUAUCCGAAUCCCGGGGAGUAAGAAGGAGCGCCCACCUAUAUCCCAUUCCAAACACAGUAACAGUGAUUGGUCUGUGUUUCCAUCAUCCAACGCCCACGAGUAUGUGGAACUUUCAUCAAAGAUCACUUCAGAAAAGGAAAUCUUGGCACUUUUUGAAAAGAUGAUGGAGGACAUGAACUUGAAUGAAGAAAAAAAGACGCCUUUGAGAGACAAGGACUUGAAUACAAAGAGAGAAAUGGUCAUGCAGUAUGUUUGUACUGCUUCAAAAACGGGUAGCUUGAAAAGUAGCUAUCAGAUAUCACCCCAGGAAUUCCUGGGAGAACUGAAGUCAGGCGUGAUGGAAGAACCCCUCUUUGCCUGUUUGGAUUCAUUGCGAGUCUCACUAACCAGCAAUCCUGUCAGUUGGGUGCAGAGCUUUGGCCAUGAGGGACUUGGACUGCUACUUGAUAUUUUGGAGCGGUUGCUGGCCAAGAAACAGCAGGAGCGGCUCAACAAGAAGAACCAACACAAGGUUGUCCAAUGUCUAAAAGCCUUCAUGAACAAUAAGUAUGGCUUGGAUAGAAUACUUGGGGAGGAGAGAAGUCUUACAUUACUAGCAAGAGCAAUCGAUCCCACCCAAUCUGCCAUGAUGAUCGAUGUGGUGAAGCUGCUGUCGGCCAUUUGCAUUGUGGGCGAAGAGAACAUUUUGGAGAAGGUCCUUGAAGCUAUCACCACAGCUGGAGAAUGGAGAGCCAUUGACAGGUUCAGCCCCAUUGUGCAAGGACUACGGGAUCGCUCAGUUCAGUUGCAAGUGGCAUGCAUGCAGCUCAUCAAUGCGCUUGUGACAUCUCCUGAUGAAUUGGACUUGAGACUGCACAUCAGAAAUGAAUUCAUACGUUGUGGUCUAAAAGACAUUUUACCACAACUAUCAUCUGUGAGGAACGAGGCCCUUGACAUUCAGCUGAAGGUAUUUGAAGAGCACAAAGAAGAGGACAUGAUUGAGUUCUCUCAUAGGCUGGAGGACAUCAGAAGCGAGCUGGAUGAUGCAGAGGACGUGUUCAGUAUUUUGCAGAAUAUGGUGAAGGACAGCAGUGCAGAAAAUUAUUUUCUCUCUAUUCUGCAGCACUUGGUACUCAUACGCAACGACUACUUUGUCAGGCCUCAGUACUUUAAAAUCAUUGAUGAGUGCGUCUCUCAAAUUGUUCUGCAUCGUAGUGGAACAGAUCCGGACUUCAGUUACCGCAAACGCCUUGAUGUGGAUUUCAACCACCUUCUAGAGGUUUGUGUAGACAAAGUUCGUUCUGAGGAGUAUGAACAAAGAGCUUCAGAGUUGGUGGAGAAGUUUGAUGAAGAGUUUGUUAAACGGCAAGAGGCCCAAGCUCAGCUGGUUAAGUGUGAAGAAAAGAUAGUUGAGCUUCAAACAGAGCUGCAGGCCUUCAAAUCCCAGAUGGGAGCUAUACCAGCCGUUGGGUCUUCUGACCACAUUGCACAGGACUUGUCUUCAUUACCUGCUGGGUCUUCACCUUCUAAACCAGCAUCUGGAUUGCCAAUUCCUCCUCCUCCACCACCACCCCCUCCUCCUCCAUUACCUGGUUGUCCAGCACCACCUCCUCCACCUGGAGUGCCUCCUCCAUUUGGUGCCCCUCCUCCACCACCAUUAGGAUUUGGAGGUGGUCCAGGCGUGACUGCUUGCCUUGCCCUGCCUUAUGGCCUCAGGCCUAAAAAAGAAUUCAAGCCUGAAAACUGCACAAAACGCCUAAAUUGGUCCAAGAUACAUCCCCAGGAAAUGUCAGAGGGCUGUUUCUGGGUGCUGGCUGAUGAGGGCCAAUAUGCAAAGCCUGAUUUGCUCAGCAGAGUUGCCUUCACCUUCGGUUCACAAAGAGCAGCCAAAAGAGAAGAGGAAGAUCAAGAUGACAAGAAAUCGAUAAAGAAGAGAAUCAAAGAGCUGAAGGUGCUUGAUCCAAAGAUAGCUCAGAAUCUAUCCAUUUUCCUGGGUUCUUUCCGAAUGCCUUACAAAGAAAUUCGUCAGAUGAUAUUGGAGGUUGAUGACGAGCAUCUCACUGAACCAAUGAUUCAGAACCUUGUGAAGCACUUACCUGAGCAGGAGCAACUGAAUGCUUUGGCUAAGUACAACAGUGAUUAUGCAAAUUUGUCAGAGCCUGAGCAGUUUGGUGUUGUGAUGAGUAGUGUAAAGCGACUUCGUCCACGUCUCAGCCAUAUUCUAUUCCGGCUGCAGUUUGAUGAGCAAGUGAACAACUUGCGUCCAGAUAUCUUGGCUGUAAAUGCUGCUUGUGAUGAAGUCAGGACAAGUCACUCCUUUGGCCGCUUGCUGGAACUUGUGUUGCUGCUGGGAAAUUACCUGAAUGCGGGUUCCCGAAAUGCCCAGUCUUUCGGCUUUGACCUCAGCUCUCUCUGCAAGCUGAAGGACACCAAAUCAGGUGAUCAGAAGACCACAUUGCUCCAUUUCUUGGCACAAAUAUGUGAGGAGGAAUUUGCACAUGUCAUCAAAUUUGUUGAAGAUUUCAAACACGUGGACCGAGCAAGCAGAGUGUCUGCAGAGAAUCUGGAAAAGAGCCUCAGGCAGAUGGAGAGGCAGCUGCUGCAACUGGAGAGAGACCUCGAGACUUUUUCGUCCCCUGAUGACCCCAGUGACAUGUUCUUCACUAAAAUGGCUAGCUUCAGCAAGGUUGCACGAGAGCAGUAUGACAAGCUGGUAACCAUGCAUUGCAACAUGGAGACACUUUACCUGAGUCUGUUGGAGUAUUUUGCUGUUGAUCCAAAGAAAACAUCUGUGGAGGAGCUCUUCACUGAUCUCUGCAACUUCCGUACCAUGUUCACACAAGCACUCAAAGACAACAUGAGGCAAAGGGAGUCAGAGGAGAAACAGAGAAGAGCACAAGUGGCUAAAGAAAAGGCUGAGCGUGAAAAGCAAGAAAGACAGCAGAAGAAGAGGGGGCUGCUGGAACUCAAUGCAGAGAAUGAUGAGACUGGUGUGAUGGAUAGUUUGCUGGAAGCCCUACAAUCAGGAGCUGCAUUCAGGGAUCGCAGGAAGAGAGCACCAAGAACCAGAGAUAACCAGCCACAGACCAUCAGCCCCAGUUCCUUCCGCCAGGUUCUCAGGCCUGUCAAUCAUGAAAACAAGAAGGCACCUAUACAAAGGUCUCGCUCUCGUCAGAAUGUAAAUGCAUGUUCAACGGGGGUGAAGGCACCGCCCACUAAGGAGUCUGACGGCCAUGUGGCUUCAGCCAUUGGGGACAAGGCUGUGGUGUGUUCAGAGUCAGCACACAGGUACCGGAACACCCCAGGCCAUAGUAAGGGCCCAGAAAGAGAAAGGGUACUGGAGAAAGUCGUCCCUAAACCAACAGAGAUUGACCAAAGGGCCUCUCAGCCGUGCUCCACUGGUGCUGCGGUCAGUGGCACCACUGCGGAGUCCGAUAUAGAGGCUCUGCUAGCAAAACUCAAGGCCUUGUAAGCAAUUAUAGUACAGUAUAUUGCAAUGUACAAAUUUGACAAAUCAUUGAUCGUUGACAUAUAGAGUUAGACUAUUAAAGCUGUACCAAAUUUGCAUACUGUGUUUGAAAGUGUACCGGUUUAAGAAAAACAGGGCAAGUACGACACAAUUAACUAAUAACACUCCACAUCAAAAAUUGGUGUCAAUAAAUGGAUGCUGAUUUUUUUUUUAACUUUAUCCGUGGAAUCGAGUAUAACACCGCUAUAAAAUUACAAUGAACAUUCUAAUCCAAAAUCAGAUUCUUAUUCCUGCUUAUAUUAUAUUGUACUGUGCAUAUGGUAGAAUUUGACAUCAUACAUUAGUCAGUAUGUUUGCACAAGGAUUUAGACAUAAAUCAUACAAAAUAUGAAGCACUACACUACUUUACAUUCUUAUUGACAGAAACAUCACUCCACUUUCUCUGUGCACCUGGGGAAAAAGGCUCCAACACCCAGCACAGUGUUAAUUAGUAUAGUUAUAAUAUAUUCAGAAAAUGUGUUGUUUGUGUCUGAAGUCCUACUAAAUUCUCUGCAGAAAAGGUUGUAUUUAGUAGUGUGAAUUACAUCAAACACCAUUUGUUUACUUUUAACAUUGAAAUUCUAAAGCUUUUGUUUUCCAAGCUUUACGUUAUAUUUUUCUUAUAUUGUAUUUUGUACAUUACUAGUACUUGCUAAAUGACAGUACUUUAAAGGGAUGUUAUUAAACGUUUAUUUGACAUCGACAUGUUGGUGGAUCUAAGCUGUAGUAUUUAUACAAAAACAGUACAGUUUGUCUUAAAAUAUGAUCCAGAAUUAAAAAAAAAACAGGUUUUAUUUUGGGUUGCAACAUUCCGACUGAUGCUUCUUGUCAUUUACAUAGUCACAUCUGAUGUUGUAUUGCUGCUUUUAUAUUAAUAAAAUAGUUGGCU